GGUACGAGAAAUAGAAAGUGGGAAAUUAUGCGGCAACAACCUCGAAUCAUGGUAUAAUAUUCACAUUUGGAAUUUUGUAUUUGAUCAAGCAUUUGGAAAUGUGAAAACUAUUUCAGUUGUCAGGGGGGAAAGUUCGGGAAUUGCCAGCUCACUUCGAAAAAAUAGAAAUAGAAAAACGGGUACAAGACGUAGAAUGGGUCGUAGAGGCGAUUGGAUUUUAAGAUCAAAUGGUAAAGGUGAUAAUGAUGAAUUUGGAGUCGGUGAAGCAGGACAUAGUUGGAAAGACAAAUAUGGCACCAAGUUUUUAAAAGAAUCUGGUACAAAACUUCCAAAAGGCUUAAAAGAUAUGAUUAUGAAGUUAAUGGAAAAGGUUAAAUGGAACGCAGCCAAAUACGAUAAAAUUGAAACGGUUGGAAUUGUUCAUGCCGGGCUAAUAAUGGUAAUUGACAGCCCCAAGGGAUAUAUUUGCAGAAUUCGUCGCAGUGAAUUAAUGGAGGUACCGGAUACACCGGAAAAGUUUCCAUCUAUUCUUAUCAUGUUGGCGUCUAUUCUUAAUUUAAAGAGUCGAGUUUUGGAAACACUGAAAGUUGUAAUAAACUCAAAAGAAAAUCAAAAUAGGAGAACGUUCAUUGAUGCAGGAUUGAAAAAACGAAAAUAUGAUUAUGAACAGCACCGGUUAACUAUUUGCACAACAACUCCUGAAAAAAAAUGA